GAAGUUGAGACCAAGCGGUCAGGGCUUCCCAACGCCCGAUUCCAUACCUGGCCUUGGUCGCCGCAGACCCGCGACCCCCUCGACUUUCCUUGGCCCCAUCCCAUGAAGGAGGCAGCCGCGAGCUCUCCCAGACGGGUAGCAGGCCCACCAAGUCGGUCGGAAAGACAACAAGGGAUCUCCCGGCGUGUCACCCGCACUAACAGGAACGACAGGAACGACGCCAAGACCUUGGACAACAGAGUUAAGGGAACCCUAGGCACAGAGCUGGCUGGCCCAUUCCUCAUCUCCAUCUUUGCUCCCGCCCCUUCCUCUUCCCCAGCCCAUCCGCCUGGUUUCUGCCUCAAGCCCACGUCAGGAAAUGGAUAG